AUGUUUAGAAGUGCGUAGGUUUACCGUAUGAAUGUUCUCUGUUCAUAUAUUCUCGCGAUAAAAAUGUUUUUUAAACAUUUAGAUAACCGAGGAACACUGCCUUUUCGGGAAAUUAUUUUAGUGCGAUAUUCCUAAUCGAUUUGUAUUGUAAAAAAGUAAAAUUACACUGUUUUGGGACGCCGCGUUGUUUUAGUAUUGUUUUUGGCAACAAAGUUUUAUUGAGAAAUCUUGAAAAAUAUAUGGGGGUUGGCUUUUGUUUUUCUGGCUCUAAAAUCAAUUCGGUCUCUCUGCGUCUUUUUUUCCGAGAAGUGUCUAUACAUUUCUAAUAUUCUCGCAUUCUUGGUUCUUUUUCCUUCAGCUUUCAAGCUCAAUAUAUAAGAUUUUCGCGGGCUUUUUUGUCACGGGAUUUGACGGAAAAAAAUGAUUAUGAAAUUCAUUGCGAACAUUUUCGAGGCAUAUGUGCCUCGUUUUAUUUCAAAGUAACAUGAUUCGUUCUUCUCUCAAUCAUGUGUCUUUCUUUGCCAACACUCAUUCUCUCUCCCGUUUUUUUUUCAUUGUUUACGAUUUUUUUCUGUUACUGACGUGGACUUUAAGGUCAUGUGAUAUUUUUUAACCUAUCAAUAUAAAAUGGAAUUAUCUGGUGUUUUUUCAUUUAGGCAUUAAUCCCUACUCAUUGGCAAUUCCGAUAAAUUAUUCAAGUAAUUAUUUUCUAGGAUAAUCCGCUUUCACUUCAUUUUUCUAAUCGUAUACCUUUUAGUUUUGCCUUUGUUCUCAGAAAAUAAUUUUCAUUAAUAUUAUAAUUUUUCAGGACGUCGCUCAGGUCACAAUAUGGAGAACGAACAACAACAAGCAUCAACUGCACCAGUAUGCCGUGCUGGAUGUGGAUUCUUUGGAUCAUCAGCCACUGAAGGUUACUGUUCGCAGUGUUUUAAAAAUACUAUCAAAAGACAACAAGAUGCUGUCCGUCUCACUUCUCCUGGUAAGAAAUAUUUUAUUUGAAAUCGGAAAUUUGUCGAGAUGUUUUUCUAUUUAUAUCAAAAACUACAAUUUCUGGUUUUUUCAUUGACAUGUCAUCAAAAAAGGCAAUCACAAGACUGGCUGACUGCCUGAUAAAGUUAACAAUUUUCUGUACUUUUUAAUUUUUGUUUUUAUAGUUUGAGGUCUCCAGGUGAAAUAGGUUGUUAGUAUCUAUUCUGAAAUUCCCGCUAUCGAUUUUAAUUUUUAGAAAAAAGAGUUAAAAAUAAUUGUUCCUUUGCCAAUUAAUACUAUUUUCAGUAGUGUCAUCACCGUCCUCAAUGGCUGCCUCAUCCUCUGUUCCACCACCAAUGGAUACAUCUUCACCUGUUGUUGCUGAAACUUGUGCAAAAGCUGCUAUUAGUACCUCUGAAGUCACAGCUAAACUCGAAUCUGAAGAAGCUGCUAUUUUGAAUUGUGCUGAUGCUACUGAUGAAGCUUGGUAAGAAAUUUUCAAAGUAAUCAAAAAAUUCAAACAAUUGUUUUUUUCAGUGCUGCUCCAGCGAUUGCUGCAGCUGAAAUAGCAGCUGCACCAGCUGUUAAAAAAGCAAAUAGAUGUCAUGCGUGUAAAAAACGGGUUGGAUUGACGGGUGAGUAUUUAAUCGCUUGAUCGUAAAUUAUUAUUAUUAUUGAUUCAAACAUAGAUAAAUGAUGCAAUUUCAGGUUUCACUUGCCGAUGCGGUGGAUUGUAUUGUGGUGAUCAUCGUUAUGAUCAAGCUCAUAACUGCCAAUUUGAUUACAAAACGAUGGAACGCGAAACGAUUCGAAAAAAUAAUCCGGUUGUAGUUUCUGAUAAAGUUCAGCGAAUCUAAAAGAUUCGGCUGAUUCGAACAGCUAUAUUGUCUUAUUUUUCCCCUUUUUCUGGUGCAUCCUAUUCUGAAACCACCCAACACACACACUUUUUUACAAUCCUAAUUCCAUCCCUGGCCCUUUUUUUUCAUCUUGGCUGAACUAGUCUUCUCCAGGCACAUUUUCUUUUUCUGUCUUUUUUAAUCUGUACACUCGGUUUCAUGUUUUGACGUCAGUCAAUUUUCAUUCUUUAAAAACUGUCCCAAAUCCUUGUAUAUUUGAUAUUUUUCCGUGUGGUUUCUCCAUUUUUUAUUCGCCGAAGGUAUUUUUGUGGUCUUGGAAAAGGUUUUUAUUGGUUCAAAAUCUUUCCACUUACAAAACUUAUAAUUUUUAAAAAACAACAAAAACAAUAGGAUAUCAUUAUUUUUCUAGUUUUUUCUGCCAUUUGUGUCUUCUUUUAUUCAUUUUUCUAUCACCCAAAUCCAUUUUAGGAAUUUUUGCAAUUCAAUUAUUUACCACAAAGAAUACCUAUCAGCGCCCGGAGAAAAUGAAAAUAGUGUAAAUACGUUUUUCUAACUUUUUUGUCUUGGGAAACCUUUUCUAAAAAAUAUAUGCAAUGAGUUUAUCCCUCCCAUUUUCAUAUUUUUCAAAUUUCCAAACAUUUUUUUGUUUUUUUAUUGAAAAAGAAAUAAAGUGUGUGCUCUGAACGUGAACUAUUUUUUUUUGGACAAGAAACGUGAAAAAUUAUGAAAUCCCAAUCAUUUUGCAAUUAUUUCACUUUAAGAAGCUUAAUUCGAUUUUUAUUAAAAGGUAAUCUAAUCUAAAUAUUUCCACAAUAUUCUGAAUUAAUUAUAAUUCAGAAUGACAUCAGCUACAAAUUCGACAAACUCAACAAUUGAUGAAAAUGAGAAUUCAUUCAAAAAUUUAGAAUAUUUUCACGGUGUUAUUCAAAGACAAGAUUCAGAAGAAUUACUCAGAAAAACAGGCGAUUUUUUAUUGAGAACUUCAGAAAUUCAAGGAAAAGUAUCGAUUAUUUUAUCAGUUAAACACGAUUCAAAAAUUCAUCAUUUUGCUAUCAAUUCGGAUAGAAACAGUUUUUGGAUUUCUGGAUCUCACAAAGAAAAAUCAAUUGAUAAAUUAAUUCAAUGGCAUAUGUGAGUUAUUUUUAAAUUCAAAAACAAUAAAAUAAAAAUAUAAAUUAAUCAGUUCAUCGUCAACUCCGAUUUCAAAAUCAAUAAAUAUUCGAAUUAAAAGCGCAAUUUCAAAAGCUGAUUGGAUAAUUGAUCAUGAAAAUGUUCAAUUUAUUCGAAAACUUGGAGAAGGUGCAUUUGGUGAAGUAUAUUUAGCUGAAUGUCAAGUUGGAGAUGAAAAAAUGGAUGUUGCUGUAAAAACAAUGCGAACUCAAAUGACACGUGAUUCACGUAGUGCAUUUAUGAAAGAAGCACGAUUAAUGAGAAAAUAUAAACAUAAUCAUAUUGUUCGUAUAAUUGGUAUUGCAGUUCAUGCAUGUCCAUUAUUAAUUGUUAUGGAAAUGUGUCCACAUGGUUCACUUUUAUCGCAUUUGAGAAAAAAUAAAGAGAAAAUAACAAUUAUUGAUCGAUUGAGGUUUUGUAUUGAAAGUGCUGAUGGAUUGGCAUAUUUGGAAAAAUUGAAAUGUUUGCAUCGAGAUAUUGCAGCAAGAAAUUGUCUUUUAUCUUCAACUGAUGUAAGAUUUUCUCAAAUUUUUGAUAAACUAAAUUGGAACUUUUUUGAAAUCGGGUGAACAAAUAAUACAAAUAGAAUUGAAUUUUGGAGCUAAGGUUUUGGAAGUUUCCAAAAAAAAUUGUAUUUUCAAUUUGUUCCGAUUGAAAAAAUGUCGGAAAUAAAUUUUUACUCCCAAAUUGUUACCGAGCUUCUCAAAAAAUUAUUCCAAAUUUUUCAAAUUAUUAAUAAAAAAUUUGGAAAAGUUUCAAAAUAUUCGGAAUUUUUUGGGAAAUCUAAAAAUUUGUUCUCACAAUAUUUUUUGGACAAUUGAAGAGAUGAAUUCUAAAAAUUUUCUAACAAUUAUAGCAGAAACUUGUUGCUAGUCGGUUUUAUUAAAAAUAACAAAAUUAGACUGUAAAAUUUUCGAACUUUAGAGCUUUGUAUAAUAGGCCUCAUAAUUUUUAAUUCAUACUUUCCAAUUUUCAGCGUACUUUCGAUUCAUUUUUUCCUUUUUCCAAAUUCCAUAUAAUUUUUUCAGCAAAUAAAAAUAUCAGAUUUUGGAUUGUCUGAUGAUAAAUUCACUGAAAUGCAUGAUGAUACACUUGGAAAAGUUCCAGUAAAAUGGUUGGCUCCUGAAGUUUUACAAGAUAAAUUAUAUUCUUUGAAAUCUGAUGUUUGGGCUUUUGGUAGGUUAUCAUGGCUUAUUGUUUUUCCAGAAAUUCAAAAUAUUGUUUAUAGGUAUUCUUAUGUGGGAAAUCUAUGCAGAUGGAGCUGAUCCUUAUCCUGGAAUGUCAAAUGUUCAAACUCGCGCCAAAAUAGUUGUAAAUGAUUAUCGUAUGAGUUUUCCUGAUAUUUGUCCAAAACCAAUUUCGGACGUGGCGUUGAAAAUGUGUUGGCCAAAAAAUCCGGCAGAUCGAGCACAAAUGGAAAAUAUUCUGAAGAAAUUGAAGAGUCUCGAAGGAAACAAUAUUAUGAGUGAUAUUUCGAUUUCUUCUCGCCGUGCUGUAGUUUAA